GGGAGAGGGGAUUCGACAAUGAAAGCAGUAAUCCCCCUGAACACAGCAAUUGAUCGGGAAUUGCAGUUAAUCGCGGAGGUGAGCCACGACCGCUCGUCAGCCAUCGUUUAGUGGGCAAAACUCAAGGCAGACCUCCCGUCAAUGACUAUUGUGGCAGAAAAGCCCCCACGGUGGAGUCAGCCAGAGCUGCGCUUUCCCAAAAUAUGACCAGCGGUGCUUGGAAGUGUCGGCAGCGAGAUGACGGCUUAAAAAUUUGGUGUGCUCCCCGCGAGAACGAGAAGCCAUUCACCGACUCCGAGAGGGCCCAGCGAUGGCGAUUGUCCUUAGCGUCCCUCUUAUUUCUAACCGUUCUGCUUUCUGAUAAUCUGUGGUUCUGCGCCGAGGCCAAACUGACAAGGACCCGAAACAAGUUAGCUUCAGUGGACAUGAGCGCAAACCACAGACCCGACCACCCUUCAACACACAGCAGCCUCAGAAGAAAUGAAGAUGCUAUUUUUGUAGUCAAUUCUACCAAACCUUUGUGGCAACUAGAAACUUGCCACCCGGAUGGUUUGUCUGAAAACUGCUUCACUUUUGUCGACGCUGACCACUUGUGCAGGGGCCUCUCGGAAACGGAGGGGACGCGGUGGAUGAACAUAAGCGAUUUGUACCUUUCCUUUUGUAAUUCGUACUCUCUUAUGGAUUUGCUUUAUGGAUCAUUAAGUCCGGACAAUUUGAACUGCAGCCUUGACGUGAUCCUGGACGGCGACCUAAACAGGUGCAGUCUGUGCGUUCAGGCGUACCAGCGUUAUGACCUGCACGCGCAGGAGAAAUAUGAGGAAUUUGAGAUGAUGGCAGACAAAUACGAGACGGAUGUAUACUCAGUAAGGACGUGCAUGGAAGAAUGCAAGGGUGAACUAGCCUAUUCGUUUAACUGGGUGCUUUGCUCAUUUGACUCAACCAACUGUAAGUGGAUACAGGAUUUGCUUGUCACUGAGCUUCACAUGGAGUGGGAUUGGAGAAUCUGA